GAAUUCCAGUAUUUUGGGUCAGUCCCCCUGGACAGUGAUUCUCUUCAGUGCUCCCUGGGGGCUGGAACUCUGUAGACAAUCAUUAACUUUGGGAUAGACACUGUUUAUUUAUGGUCUACUCCUUCCAUUUUUACUGCAUCUACCAUUUGAUCAUGAAAUCAUCUCUGACUCUGCUGUGUCUGGUGGUAUGGGUGAAUGUGGAUGCUUCAUCAGCUCAGACUGGUAAGAAUGUGUUUUCCUUCACUUUCUCACAUGCUUGUAGUGACCACAUUGGGUUAGUAUCCACCAAUUGCUCUGUAAGACGCUGACUAGACUAUACAAAGUGAGCAAACAUAAUUGAUGUAUUCACGUUUCUUAUUAUAGCUAAUAACUAAGCUCAUUGUCAAUAUAUAAGUAAGUGAAAUGACAAUUGACCAGCAGAAAAUCUUGCAGACAUAGCAGCGAUUUCUUGUCCAGUGGGGGAUUUCUUGUCCAGGGGGGGAUUUGUUGUCCGGGGGGGGGGGCUGUAUCAGUCCGAUAAUACGGGCGGCAAUGGUCAGGACCAGCCCUGAAUACAAGGGUAGUAAAGGCCUAGUGCACUACUUUUGUGAAUCAUUGUUUUCUUUUUUAUUAUUAAACAAUUUUUUAAUUUAGACUUUUCAGGGGGUGCUGCGGCACCCUCAACACCCCUACUUCCUGUGGCUAUGGUAACAGAAUGUGUCUUUAAAAGGUUUCAAUGCUAAUCUCCAACUCAUGUGUAACCCCAACUCAUCUCCAACUAAUUAAACUGCAGUUGAAUCUCAUAAUUUCUAAUAAUAUCCAUUAUAAUUUAACGUUGUAUUGAUACAGAUCCGAUAAUGUCACAGAACUGAAACUUAUUUGUACUAUACUACUGUAAUAGAAAUGUGUGAUGAUCAGUGAUGUCGAGAGCUUGGGACUAGAGGGUUCUAUUUGCAAAAAGAGGAUUUGGAGAUAAUUGGCUUUAAAGUUCAGAAACCUCAUUGGUUUGAAUGGUCAGCUAAUUUGAUCUUGUAUUCUUUUGAACUUAACAACAUGAAUUAGGGUAUUUAGAAUACUAUAUAGGUAGCGAACACUGAACAGAACAAGGCUGUGUCAAUAACAACACAGAACCUUAUAGUCUCAAGCUCUCGAUUUGUCUAAAGGUUUUUCCUCUGCUCCUCUGUCAGUGUGCACGGGACCUCUUCCGAAUGUGCCCAAUGCCGGGGUCACUGAGGAAAGCAUCAAAGAAGAGUACAAAGAGGGGGCCAUCCUCCUCUUUUCCUGCAACUUUGGCUUUGUACCAGCAGGCAGAACAAGUUAUUUGUGUGAGAAGCAGAAGUGGGUGGUGUUACGUCAGGGGAAAUGCAAGCGUGAGUAUUUCUUUAAAUGUUACAGAUUCGAUAUUGUCUAUAUACAUUUUACAUUUUAGUCAUUUAGCAGACGUUCUUAUCCAUAGCGACUUACAGUUAGUGUAUUUAUCUUAAAGGGUUAGUUUGUGAUUUUGUCAAUGAGGGGAAGAAGAUAAAGGGCCUCAUUGCCAAAAUCAACAUUUUUCAUCAAAUAAAAAAGCUAUAGUAGUAGUUAUGAUUAGCAUAACCCCAUAAUAGCUUAGUUAAUUCAACCCUCUAAAAGAUCUGUUGACACAUCGUUUUCCUGAUGUUUCCUGACAUCUAGCUAAACCAUGUGAGCUCCCUGAGGAAACUGCCAAUGGCCACUACACCAUCCACCUCGGGGAUGACUUUGUCUUUGGGGCCGUUCUCAAAUACACUUGCAAUGAUGGGUAAGUAGUCUAACAAAUUGAUUUUUUCUUUUUAAUUGCGUAAAAAAAAUAAAAAAUAUAUAUUAAUACUUUUUCUUUAGAGUUAAUAGCCCCCACCCCAAUAGCCCUCUGUCCCCCCAAUCGAGCCUGCCUAGUAUGGGGUUGAAUUUAGAACACGGACUAAUGAUGCCGUAGAUUUCAUAAUACUACCUAAUCACUUGACUAAUGUCUCUAGUUAUCAGAUGGUGAGCAAAACGGACAGCAGGACCUGUAUGGUAGCAGGAUGGAGCAACCACCUGCCCAUAUGUGAAGGUAACCACGUAUUCACUGAAUAUUAUAAACUGGGUAGUUUGGCUCCUGGAUGCUGAUUGUCUGAAAGCCAUGGUAUAUCAGACUGUAUACCAUGGGUAUGACCCCCAAAAAAACAUUUUACUGUUCUAAUUACAUUUGUAACCAGUUUAUAAUAGCAAUAAGGCACCUCUGGGGUUUGUGGUAUAUGGUCAAUAUACCACAGCUAAAGGCUAUGUCAAGGCACUCCGCGUUGCAUCGUGCAUAAGAACAGCCCUUAGCCGUGGUAUAUUGGCCAUAUACUGUACCACAACCCCUCGGGCCUUAUUGCUUCAUUAUAGUAUAUAGUAUAUACCACUUUGUACUUGCUUUAUACAACACACAUUACACUUUAACUCCGAGGGUUCAUGAAGUUAUAGGCUAUAGAACACCCUGCAAUGUGAUCUUUCUCUGUAGUGGUGAGUUGUGUCCCCGAGGCUACAGAUGGACGGGUGGUUGUGAGCGGUCUGCCAGAUGAUGGUGGUCUUAUACAGUACGGUCAUGAGCUCAGGUUCAGCUGCCCCAACCCAGAACACCAACUGGAGGGAAACCCACAGGUUGUGUGCGCCGCGGGGGGGAGGUGGAACAGCCGUUUCCCCACCUGUGAAGGUAAACAUUUCACGUUAGCCAAAACUAAGCAAAUCACUUUAUUGACAACAAUAUGUACCUUCAGAUGUUACAUCAGCUGUGCAAAUGAUCUAUUCUAUCUAUUUUUUCCCCUUACAUAAUAGACGUGACUUGUGAAGCUGUGGAGAGGAUUAAUCAUGUGAAUGUGAUAGGAGUUCCCCAAAACAACAGCACCAUGAAGUAUGGGCACAGGUUACAGUUUGAGUGCAGCAACCCUAGCCACGUUCUGAAGGGGGAAUCAGAGGUCGUCUGCUCAACCAAUGGACAGUGGAGUCACUCCUUUCCAAUAUGUGAUGGUAAAUUGUAUUUGUGUUGAUUUAACACAUUGUGAAAGUAAUGGAACACAACCAAGUUAUUUAUUGUUUAAAGUUGAUUUACUAUGACCUCCAACACACACAUAAUUAAGCAAAAUAAAGCAUUUUGGAAAGGGUAGGAACGUUUUCUGGACUGCUAUUCUUGCUGGGAAUGAAAGCAGCUGGGUGCAUUUCAUCACUAGCACUUUUAUGACCUCACUCAUGUCUUCCUAGAGCCCAAGGAUUUCUGUGGACCACCUCCACAUCUCAUUAACGGAGAUACAGUGAACCGUGCCAGAGAACGUUACAGAAACGGAGUAUCAGUUCAUUAUGUCUGCCAGAAAUACUACAUCCUUGAUUCCCCUUCAUCCUACAAGACGUGUAGUGACGGGAUCUGGAUAGGACCGAUGACCUGCCUGAGUAAGUAGCCGUCUAAAAUAACAUUGGCCCAAUUCCUACCCAAUCACUCGCUUGCUAACUCCCCUUUAACGAUGGGAAAGGAUUCAUUCCAGGAAUGGAAUUCAAGUUCAAUUGAUUCAUUAUUAUUUUUAAAUGCAUCUAAAAUUGAAAUGUAACUGUUGAACCAAGCUCCUGAAGAAUUGACAAGUGAUAUUCCUCAAUAAUCUCUAGGUAUAGUUAUAUCAUUAAUUAAAAUUAAAAAAGACUUAAUAUCAGUGGCCCUUGAAGGACACAUUCACAAUGAUUCCUGUACCAUCUUCUCAUUUCAGAACCCUGCACUGUGGAUGAAGAGCUCAUGAAUGCACAGAACAUCCAAUUUAAACAUCCUCCAGAUACAAAUAAACUCUAUGCCACACAUGGGGACCAUAUCACUUUUAAGUGUUCUGGUAAUAGCAGACUUAGCCCAAGUAGUGUUGAUUUGCGUCAGCAGUGUAUAAAUGGGGUCAUGAACUUGCCUCAUUGCCAAUAGUGGAUUCAGCUUACGGGAAGAGAUGGCUACUGGCUUGUUGGACAAACAUGCCAAUGGAUAACCCGUCAAUAGUUUGCUCAAAUUAUUUGUUCUGGGGCUUUGUGUAAACUAAGCAACAUUGAUUUCACAGGAGUUGUUUUUCAUGUCUGUCCGAACUUCAAUAAAGUACCUCUGGUUUUGAAUGCUCA